AUGGCCCCACAAAAUGACCCCGCGAACCUCUUCGCGGUGCCCGACUUCAACCGGCCCUCCCCCUGGCUAGACCCGCUCAGCGACGUCAACAAGCGCAAUCCUCUUUUUUCCUUCGACGUCGCCGCCCAGUUAUUUGCGUCCUCUGCUAUUCAUUCGACAGACCCAGAGACGCCAGUCAAAAGGGAUAUUAAGAGUUUGAGCCUGCUCGACGGCAUUAGGGUGCUGGGUGAUGGGCCCGACGACGACGGAGAGGCUUCAUCAGUUAAUAACGAUGAUCAUGUCUUCUUUAAGCUUCCUCCCCUGUUAGGGGACCUGGGGGAACCCGGUAGACAGAAGAGAAGGAAGCGUUCUCGGGAGGUGUUUGAGGAGGACAGUGAGUCUAUUCCGGAUACGGAGGUCGAUAUUGGCCCGGCUGUGGACUCUGUUCAUUUAGACGACGACGACGACGACGACGACGACGACGACGACCUCUGGCUCACACCCACCAAACCAAUCAAAUACUCGCCGCAGUUUAAGACUUGGGAGACAUUCCCCCAACAGCCUGACGGACCCUCGAGUCUCAAUGCCCCCCUUUUCAUAACAGAAGCCGGUCCCUCCGCCUUCGACGCCCUCCUCGCUUCCCAUGCGCUGGGCGAUGAACCCUCCGCGCGUAUCCUCCCCACACAUACAUACAUCUCCUCUUUGUUGUCCCUCGCCUUAGGCAGAAGCUCAAUCCUCUUUCACUUCGACAGCAACCGCAACUCGUUUGUGAAAACCUCCCCACACAUCAAGAUCUCUGGCGUAUCCCUUUCCCUGCUUAGUGCACUCGACAUGCUGUGUUUGGAAUGUGGUAAUGCGACCCGGCAUUUACUCUCCUUCGCGGAGGCGACUUACUCCCCUUCUUCUUCGUCGUCGUCGACAACGGCGGCAGCCGCGUCAUCAACUACACCAACAAAAGUCGCCUUAGCCGGGAUGGUCAACCAACUUGUCACAGCCAUUCGCGCGGAACUAGGGUCGAGAGGUAGAGAAGCGAGGUCACUGGUACAGUUACAGGCCGUCGUACGGCCCGCUAGGAGCUUGUUAGUGGCAUUCAAGGCGCUGGUGGCCAAGCUUGCACAAGCAGGGGGACAAAGCGAUGAGGAGAUGCUAGGUGUUGUCUUUGAGGAGGCACAAGCGGCAGAGUACAAGGGGGGCUUGUUACGGGAGGUGAUGAGGGAGGUGCUGGGGGUGCUAUCCAGGCCUUGGUUGGAAUGGGUGGGCGAGUGGAUUGGAAUUAGGAUGGAAGAAGGGAUCGGGAUGUCGAAGGAGAGAAUGUUGGCCAAAAAGCCUGGGAGGGGGUUUGUCAAGACGGCGAAGGUGAUGGUGGUCGAUGACCAGGGGUAUGAGCUGGAGGAACCAGAGUUUUUUAUGGAGGAGGAGAAGGUGCCGCGGUUUGUGCCGGGGGAGUUGGCCAAGAUGAUCUUCGAGACGGGGAAGAAUAUCAGGUUUUUAAGGGAGCAUCAUGCGGAGCAUCCACUGGCGAGGAAGGAUGUAGUGAUGAUUACGAGGCCGCCGAGGCUUGAGUGGAAGUUUGAUUGGGAAGAGAUAUCGAGAGCGGAGGAACAGGCGAGAAACUAUCGCGAUGCUGUGCUUGCGCUACUGCAGGGCGUUUGGCCAGACAUGGACAAUGGCUACCAAGCUGCCGCCUGCCCCAGGCCAUCUUCCUCGCCGUUUAUCUUCCACGGCAAAUCCGAAUCAGAACUCGAAUCCCACCUUCUCAUCUCCAUCGCGCAGCUCAACCAGCCCCCGUCCUCGCCAACCCCUAAGGACGGCCUUACCUCGCUCAUCCACUCCCGCUUAUACCAACCCCCGGAUUCUUCUCCCUUACAGUCUAAUGCGCUCUCCCCUCACUGGUCCCUCCUCCCCCAUCUCUCCUUCUCCCCCCUUCUAACCAUCCAAUCCGCCCUCGUUAGCUCCGAGGUGACCAAGGCCCUCUUCACUACCCACAAUCUGCGCAUCCACCUCGACCUGCUACACCAAACUUUCCUGUUAGGAAACGGCAUGCUCUGCAGCCGCUUGUCACACGCUCUCUUCGAUCCCAAUCUCGACCCCGCCGGGUCGCAGGGUAAUGUGAUGGGGUUGAGGUUGGCAGGUGGUAGGACCUGGCCACCAAAGUUGGGGGAACUCAGGUUGGUUUUGUUGGGAGUUUUGGGGGAGACAGUUCAACCCUUUCGCAGCAGCCAGACUCAGCCCGGCAAUUUCAGGUCAUCGACGGCGUCAUUUGCCUCGACCGCCUCUCAGUCAAGGAAAGAGUCUGCGAAGUUACCAGGCGAUCUGUCGUUCAUGACUCGCACGACCCUCACCGAAGAAGAAAUCCGGCUUAGCACGUCUGAUGCCGAUGCCCUUGAGGCGCUUGACUUUUUACGGAUUGCAUACAAAGCGCCUGCUCCGCUGCGCCCCGUCCUGACGCCGGUUGUGCUGGCGAAGUUUGAUAGGAUUUUUCGUCUGCUGCUGCGCGUCCUUAGGAUGGGUUUCGUUGCGGGGGAGUUGUUGGCCAGGCCAACUGCUUACAAAAAAAGGGAGGGGAAUGCGGCAUUGAGGUUCAGGUUUGAAGCGAGGCGGUUUAUUCAACUGGUUAUGUCUUAUUUCUGGAGCAUCGCUAUCGAGAGACCCUGGAAAGCAUGGGAGGAGUGGUUGGAUAAGGUUGAGGGGGAGGUUCUAAAGUCACAUGCGGCACCACAAUUACAAGCAGGUAAGACGAUGACAACGACGGUUAUGCCGGAUGAGGUGCGCGCUAGACUGGAAGGGGUGUUGGAUGAGAUGCUUACAGCACUGUUGCUGAGGAAGCGGCAGGCCCAGGUGAUGGGAGUGUUGGAGGAUGUGUUUAAGGUCGUGCUGAGGUUUGCCAAGAGCAUUAGGGAUGGCCCCUCUCCUAAGAACAACGGGCGAGCGGCACUGAACAAUGGUGAUGUGGAUUAUGAGGGAAUGGAUAUCGACAUGGAAAUCAACAUCGCCAAUACUCUCACAACUCCAACACCUGCUCCUUGUCCCCCACCUAGCACAACCCGGACAACCCAGCACCCCAUCAACAUCCAGAACAAAAGUCAGGAAGAAGAGGAUAUUUCCGCCGAAGCGCUCUACCCCCUCUUUCAGAAAAAGGUCGAGCUCUUUGUGGCCGUGUGUAAAGGCCUGGUUGAGAAGGCUAAGAACAAAGGCGAGGAGGUGGAAAUUUCACCACUUGAGCAGCUUGUGGCGAUGCUGGAUUUGGAUGGGUUCUAUUCGAAGAGAAGGAGGGGAGGGGGGGGUGUUUUUGUGUUCUGA